AUGCCUGGGGCGGGCUCCUGGGCCCCCUCCGCCGGGGACGGACGGCUGCGGUUGGCAAGGCUGGCGCUAGUGCUGCUGGGUUGGGUCUCCGCGUCGGCCCCCAGCUCUUCGGUACCCUCAUCUUCCACCUCCCCGGCAGCCUUCCUGGCCUCCGGGUCUGCGCAGCCUCCGCCGGCCGAGCGAUGCCCCGCGGCGUGCGAGUGCUCCGAGGCGGCGCGCACGGUUAAGUGCGUGAACCGCAGCCUGCGGGAGGUGCCGGCAGACCUGCCGCCUUACGUGCGCAACCUUUUCCUCACCGGCAACCAGAUGACCGUGCUCCCGGCUGGCGCCUUCGUCCGCCAGCCGCCGCUCGCCGAUCUGGAGGCGCUCAACCUCAGCGGCAACCACCUGAAGGAGGUGUGUGCAGGUGCCUUCGAGCAUCUGCCUGGCCUGCGCCGGCUUGACCUCAGCCACAACCCUCUCACCAACCUCAGCGCCUUCGCCUUUGCGGGCAGCAACACCAGCGUCUCGGCCCCCAGCCCCCUGGAGGAGCUGAUCUUGAAUCACAUCGUGCCCCCUGAGGAUCAGCGGCAGAACGGGAGCUUCGAGGGCAUGGUGGCCUUUGAGAACAUGGUGGCAGCUGCCCUGCGCUCGGGCCUUGCACUCCGAGGGCUGCUUCACCUGGAGUUGGCCAGCAAUCACUUUCUCUACCUGCCUCGGGACUUAUUGGCCCAACUGCCGAGUCUCAAAUACCUGGACCUCAGGAACAACUCCCUGGUGAGCCUGACCUAUGCAUCCUUUCGCAACCUGACACACCUCGAAAGCCUCCACUUGGAGGACAAUGCUCUCAAGGUCCUUCACAACUCCACCUUGGCAGAGUGGCAAGGCCUGGCUCACAUCAGGGUGUUCCUGGACAACAAUCCCUGGGUUUGCGACUGCUACAUGGCUGACAUGGUGGCUUGGCUUAAAGAGACAGAAGUGGUGCCAGAUAAAGCCAGGCUCACCUGUGCAUUCCCGGAAAAAAUGAGGAAUCGUGGCCUCUUGGACCUCAACAGCUCUGACCUGGACUGUGACGCUAUCCUUCCCCAAUCCCUGCAGACUUCCUAUGUCUUCUUAGGUAUUGUUUUAGCUCUGAUAGGCGCUAUUUUUCUCCUCGUUUUGUAUUUGAACCGUAAAGGCAUAAAGAAGUGGAUGCAUAACAUCAGAGAUGCCUGCAGGGAUCACAUGGAAGGGUAUCAUUACAGAUACGAAAUCAAUGCGGACCCCAGAUUAACAAAUCUCAGUUCCAACUCGGAUGUCUGAGAAACAGGACUAGUCAAGGAGGACUCUGCAUGAGGCGUAGACUUAAGUUUUUUUUGUCCCCUUUACUAGGCUUGUUCCACUUCCACCCUCCACUAUAGACACUAUUGACUUUGAUCCUCAUUAUGUAAAGUUCUUGGUGUGUUCUGUUAAUGUAAGGACAUGAACAACUGUGCAUAUAAUGUUUAUCUACCCUUUUCUUUUCGUUAUUCCUCGAUGCCUGCAGAGGGAUUUUUUUUUUUCCUCUCUCAAGUCGCAGCAUGGACAUGGACUCUCUCAGUUCAGUUCAGUUCAAGGUGUAGCACAGAUAACAUUCAACGGAAGUUGCCUCAGUUUUUUUUUUGUUUGUUUGUUUUUUGAGAAAAAUACUUUAUUCAUAAUUAUGAGUUUCAUCUUCACCUACCUAAAGUAUGGAGGAAAUAUUGCAUCCCCAAACUGCCUGCAGACCGUAGCAAGCUCUUACAUAGAACUUUGUAGUGCACAGGAGCACAUGCAUCCAAGAGCAUGCAUACAUUUUACUGUUCUGCAUAUUAAAAAAAAUUGCAACUUCGGAUAACGUCUUUAACAAACUAAAUUACUUUUUGAUUGCAGUUUAUAGGAGACUGACCUGAGGUUUUUCGGGUUUUUUUUUAUAAACUGCAUUGAGAUCCAACAGACUGGAUUGUUAUAAAAAAAAUCAAUAAAAGAGUCUUAAAAGAA